UUCUCUAUCACUGUCUCUCUGAUUCUUAUGUCUGUUUGGCUUGAAAACUCCCGGACACAGGUGAAUCAUGUUCCUUGUCAUUCUUUUAUUUGGCUUCUUCCCCCUCAGCUCAGCUCUCUCUCACCAAUACCACUUUGUGAACGAAUCGAAAACCUGGAGUGAAGCCCAGAGUUACUGCAGGGCCAAUUACACAGACCUGGCCACCCUUUACAACACGGACGAUGUGAACGCACUCACUCAACUUGGCAGCCAGACUGGCUCUGCUUGGAUCGGACUUCAUGACGAUGUGCAGAACAGCUGGAGAUGGUCCAUUACGGACAGCAGUUUCUAUGGUCCAGGAGAGACGACAUAUAGAAACUGGAGCCCAGCUGAACCCAAUAACUUCAGAGGAAAAGAGCUGUGUGUAGACAUGCAUCCUGUUGGAACAUGGAAUGAUAUACCUUGUGACUACAACUACCCAUUUGUUUGCUAUGGAGUCAAUGAUACCUACGUGUUGAAUACGACACAAUUGUCAUGGAAUGAUGCCCAAGCCUCCUGUAGAGCCAACUACAUCGAUCUUGCAAGCAUAAGGAAUAGUACGGAAAAUCAAAAGGUCCAUGAUGCCGCAAACGGCAAUACAGUAUACAUUGGUCUGAACAGAACCAGAUUGUGGUCAGAUGGGAGUGACUCCUCUUUUAGAUACUGGAAAUCCGGUCAACCCGAUAAUGCCAAUGGUAAUCAAUACUGCACUGCGUUCAGUGACUCGGGCCAUUGGACGGAUGAGAACUGUAAUACUACCCGCCCUUUCUUCUGCUACUCAGCAUUUGUAGUUGGUCUGAGGAUGGAUAUCCAGACAAAGACUGAACUUACUGAGGCUGAGAUUGAAGAGAUGAUUCUAAAACCAUUUCUUGAGGAGCUGAUUGAGAAUGGCCUUCCAAACAGCACGACUGUGAGACUGAGACGUCUUCACCGUAUCAAUACAUGAGGAAGUCAAACAGCAUCAUGAUUGGUUUCACAGGUAGAGUUGUAUGGUAAUGAAUUCUACUGGUAACUUUUCAUCUGUACUCUUUAUCAUGGGCAAAUCUGUUAAAGCAUUUUGUAAAAUUAGCCGAUAUUGAGUGCACUUAGUCAUGUGUAACAUGUGCCAUGUUAUGACAAGCAAAAUGUGACAGAAAAAAAAAGAAAACAAAGUGAUCUGCAGUUUCUGAAGCAACUGUAAUUUACACUGAACAAAAAGGAUUUACCUUAAUAUACUGUAUGUUGCCUAGUUAACCUGAUUCCAGGUAACAGUUGAUUGCUAGUGUAAGCGAGAGCAAUGAAACACCACAUGACUCCCUGGAGUGCCUACUGCAGGACAUUCACCAAAUAGUAAUACAAUUUUCGUAAAUCUUUUUUUUUUUGCAUUCUUUUUAUACAACUAAUUUCAGUGGAACUGUAAUUGGGUUAUGUUAAGUUGAUUUAUCUUUACUCAAUCAAAACAAAAUAACUACAUUUGUAUUGAUAUUACUUGAAAUACACAAUUAAAUAACAUGAUUUUUUUUAUUAUGUUUUCAAAAAUGGAUUUAUAGCGUUUUGGAAAAGAGCUCUUCAAAUUGACCUCAGAAUUUGCAGAAUGCAACUGGUUUAGUAUUAAGUCAGAGGAAAUCAUAGUAAGAAUCCCUUUCUACAAUUUUCAUUUUAAAAAAGUUGGGACCCCGUGUUAAAUAAAAAAUGAGAUGUGAUUGUUUGCAGGUCAUGUAAACCUAUAUUUAACUGAAAAUAAAACAUACAAUGUAAAUGUUGGAACUUUAAAUUGAUAUAUUGAUCACAGUUAACCUGAUUGUAGUCCCUGAUUGCCAACAUAUGUUUAGAGAAAUAUAUCUGUUGAUUAAGAUUAAGAUUAAGAUUUCUUUAUUGUGUCCCAAGGGAAAUUUGUCUUGGACAAACAGGAUGCUAACAGAACAUAACACCAGAGAGUGUCGAUUCCUGACAAUUAUACAAAUCAUGGGUGAUUCCUGUUUUGAAUCAAAUGUCCAUGUCCAAAUGAUUUCCUUAUUGUUAUUCUUUAAUGAAUUAGACUAACAUUUAUAACAAAUCAAAUUAUUAUGUGUUUAGGUGUUUUCUAUUGUUUAACAUAGAAGUGUCUUUAGUCUCUUAAAGCACCUUUUUCUGUGGUAUAUACGUUCAAUUCAGGCUUUGUCCCAAUGUAAUC